AUGUCCGGGAAAGUUUACAUUGUUGCUGCCGCUAGAACACCAAUUGGAUGUUUCCAAGGAUGUUUGGCUUCGAAGACCGCUGUUGAGCUAGGUGCUGCUGCUGUUUCCGGUGCUUUGGCACAGGUACCAGAAUUAAAGUCUGAACAAGUGGAGGAGAUCUUUUUCGGAAACGUUUUGAGCGGAAAUGUGGGUCAGGCACCUGCCAGACAAGUUGCACUAUCUGCUGGGCUGAGCAAAACAAUCGUGGCCACUACGGUCAACAAAGUGUGUGCAUCUGGUAUGAAAUCGAUUAUUUGCGGUGCCCAGACGAUUAUGUGCGGAAAUGCAGACGUGGUGGUCGCAGGUGGCGCAGAAUCAAUGUCAAACACGCCAUAUUACAUGCCUGCAGCUCGUGCAGGUGCCAAAUUUGGAAGCACAACACUUGUGGACGGUAUCCAGCGUGACGGGAUCAACGACGCCUACGAUAACCAAGCAAUGGGAGUGCAUGCUGAGAAAUGCGCCCGUGACCACAAUAUCACACGUCAACAACAGGACGAUUAUGCCAUUGCAUCUUACCAAAAGGCCCAGAAAGCCCAAGCCGAGGGUAAAUUCGACCAAGAAAUUGUGCCUGUGACCAUCAAGGGUUUCCGGGGCAAACCUGACACCCAGGUGAGCUGUGACGAAGAGCCCGCUAAGCUCAACGUUGAAAAACUCAGAUCUGCGCGUACCGUGUUCCAAAAGGAAAACGGAACAGUCACCGCUCCUAACGCUUCACCUCUAAACGAUGGAGGUGCUGCUGUUGUGCUGGUUUCCGAACGCAAAUUGCAAGAACUAGGUCUAAAGCCACUAGCCGUCAUCAAAGGCUGGGGUGAGGCUGCUCACGAGCCUGCUGAUUUCACAUGGGCUCCAAGUUUGGCUGUCCCCAAGGCUCUAAAGCACUCGGGACUCGACAUUUCCCAAGUAGACUUCUUCGAGUUCAAUGAAGCCUUCUCUGUCGUGGGACUUGCGAACCCACAGAAUCUCAACAUCCCACUCGAAAAGGUCAAUGCCUACGGUGGUGCUGUUGCUAUCGGUCAUCCUCUCGGUUGUUCGGGAGCCAGAAUUGUCGUGACCCUACUAUCUGUGCUUAACCAAGAACACGGAAAAAUUGGUGCGGCUGCCAUUUGCAAUGGUGGUGGUGGAGCUUCCUCUAUCAUCAUUGAAACUAUUUAA